AUGAAAGGCUUUCAGUCCAUUUUUUCGCCUUUUAAUUCUUUUUUCUUUUCCUUUUUUCUCAUCUUUUUUCUCUUUCUUUUUUCUCAUCCUUUUUCUUUUCCUUUUCCUUUUUCUUCUCUUUUUCUCAAGUUUCCUCUUCUUUUUUCUUCUUUUUUCUCUUUCUUUUUAUAUCCUUUUGCCUUCCCCUUUUUUCUCCUCCUUUUCUCUUCAUGCAAUCCAGGACCAAAUUUUUCUAAAAUUUGUUUCCUUCGUUUUCUUCUUUUUCUUUUGUACAACACCAUUUCUUCUCUUUUUUCUUUUUCAUCUUUUUCUUCUUCUCUUCUUUUCUUUAUUUUUGAUAUACUUCAUUUAUUUUCCUCUUGUCUUUUUCUUUCUCUUUUUUGUUUUUUCUUCUCCCUUUUUUUCUUUAUUCUCAUCUUUUUUUUCUCUUAUUUUUCUUCUAUCUUUCCCUGUUCUUCUCUUUUUUUCUUUAUAUAUUGUUCCUUUUUUUCUCUCUAUUUCUCUCUCUCUCUCUCUCUCUUUUUCUUUAUUUCACUUGCAAUUGACUCUCCUUUUUUGUUUGUUUGUUUAUUUCUUUCUUUCAAUGACUUUUUCUUGUUUCCUUUCUCUUUCUUUCUUUCUUGA